AUGCUGGGCGUGAUCCGAGUGCAUCUACCUUCCGAAAUUCCGAUUGUGGGCUGUGAAUUGACCCCUUACGUCCUUGUUCGCCGCCCGGAUAAGACCGCCGCCACUGACGAUGUCCCGGAAUCGGCUCCUCUCGAAGGUUACUUCUUGAGAUACAGAUGGUAUCGUGUACAGAGCGACAAGAAAGUAACGAUUUGUAGUGUGCAUCCAACGGAACAAGCCACCUUGCAAUGCGUGUUCUGCUCAAAGCGUAGAGCCCUCGUCGCGAAAAGCUACCACUGUUCUCCGAAAUGCUUUACAGACGCGUGGCAGCAUCACAGGACGUUGCACGAGCGAGCUGCCGCGGAGAACGGAAACGAGGAAGAUGAGCUAGUCCGGUUUAAUAGCGCCGGUUCGGGAGCUCUCGCCGGUAGCUUAUCCGGUUCAAUGUCAAAUCUCAACCUCCCCAACAAUGGUCCAACGCCGUUUUAUCCUUCUAAUGUUACUCAGAAAAACGGAGGAGAGACGCUAAUCGAGGUUGGGGGUUGCAAAACAUACACACCAACAGCUGAUGAUAUUGGCUAUGUUUUGAAGUUCGAGUGUGUUGUGGCUAAUGCAGAGACUAAACAGUUUGUGGGACAUCCUAGUACCAUUUUGACUUCACGUGUUAUCCCUGCUCCUUCUCCAAGCCCACGUAAGCUUAUCCCUCUCAAUGGAGCUGAUGUGAUGGGUCACUUAGAUCAAGAUGGUCGGGUUCAGUCUGCAGGAUCAUUCACUGUUCUCUCGUAUAAUAUUUUGUCUGAUACUUCUGCAAGUAGCGACCACUACAGUUACUGCCCUCCUUGGGCUCUUUCUUGGCCAUACCGCAGACAGAAUUUAUUGAGGGAGAUUGUUGGUUAUCGUGCUGAUGUAGUUUGCCUUCAAGAGGUACAAAGUGAUCAUUUCCAUGAAAUUUUCGCUCCUGAGUUGGAUAAGCAUGGGUAUCAAGCUCUCUACAAGAGGAAGACUAAUGAGGUUCUCAGCGGGAGUACAAGUGCGAUUGACGGAUGUGCAACAUUUUUCCGUCGGGAUAGAUUUUCACAUGUCAAGAAAUAUGAUGUUGAAUUCAACAAGGCUGCUCAGUCUUUGACUGAGGCUCUAAUCCCUAAUUCGCAGAGGAGAACUGCUUUAAACCGACUAGUUAAGGAUAACAUUGCGUUGAUAGUUGUUCUCGAAGCUAAAUUUGGUAAUCAACCCACUGAUCCUUCUGGGAAGCGCCAGCUUAUUUGUGUGGCAAACACACAUGUGAAUGUUCAACAAGAACUGAAGGACGUGAAGCUCUGGCAGGUUCACACCUUAUUAAAGGGGCUGGAGAAAAUAGCUGCUAGUGCCGAUAUUCCCAUGCUUGUCUGUGGAGACUUCAACACGCUUCCCGGGAGUGCUGCUCAUUCACUUCUUGUAAUGGGAAAGGUUGAUCCAUCGCACCCAGAUUUGUUGGUUGAUCCCCUUGGUAUCCUGCGUCCUCAUACCAAACUGUGUCAUCAAUUGCCUCUGGUGAGUGCGUACUCAGCGUUUGGGAGAAUCUCAGGUAUUGGAUCGGAACAACACAGAAGGAAAAUGGAUCUUAAUACAAAUGAGCCUUUGUUUACCAAUUACACAAGGGACUUCCUUGGCACUCAUGACUACAUAUUUUACACAGCGGAUACGUUAAUGGUAGAAUCUUUAUUGGAAUUGUUGGAUGAAGAUGGAUUGAGAAAGGACACAGCUCUUCCUUCUCCGGAAUGGUCUUCUAAUCACAUUGCACUCUUAGCUGAAUUUCGAUGCAUGCCUAGGACCAGACGCUAA